CAUUUCUACUCUGGAUGCGUGAUUCAGAAGAGGAGACCACUGAAGGUGAGCAGGUGUUAGAGGAGGAGGAGGAGGUGGAGGAGCACGAGGAGGAGGCAGCCGAUGACGAAGCCUCGCAGCGGGCCGACGGUGGAGCAGAGGAGGAGGAAGCCAACGGAGAACAAGAUGGAGAAGAAGAAGCGGAGGAUGGAGAGGAGGAGGCCAAACCAAAGUUCAAGCCAUUCAUCAUGCCCAACCUCAUCCCUCCUAAGAUCCCAGAUGGAGAGAAGGUGGAUUUUGAUGAUAUACAUCGUAAAAGGAUGGAGAAAGACCUGAUGGAGCUUCAGACUUUGAUCGAGGUUCACUUUGAGAGCAGAAAGAAGGAAGAAGAUGAGAUUGUUCAUCUCAAGGACCGGAUUGACAAGCGUCGCUCUGAGCGAGCGGAGCAGCAAAGGAUCCGAAGUGAGAGAGAUAAGGAGCGGCAGAAGCGACUCGAGGAUGAGAGAACUCGCAAGGAGGACGAGGAGGCCAAGAGGAGAGCAGACGAGGAUGCUAAGAAGAAGAAAACUCUCACCAGCCUCCACUUUGGAGGUUACAUGCAGAAGUUGACAGAAAAACGGAGCGGGAAGAGGCAAACUGAGAGAGAGAAGAAGAAGAAAAUCCUGAGUGAUAGACGCAAAUCUCUGGACAUCGAGAACUUGAGCCUGGACCAACUCAAGGAGAAAGCCAAAGAGCUGUGGGAGUGGAUGCAGCAGCUGGAGGGCGAAAAGUUUGAUCUGCAGUACCAGAUCACCGGCCAGAAAUAUGAGAUCAAUGUGCUGAGGAACCGAGUCAGCGACCACCAGAAAACGUCCAAAAGGACCAAAAGAGGCCUGAGGAAAUAGCUGCAGAUGUGCAGAGUGAGCGGUGUGUCCAUCAGGCCCCUCCUGCAGCCACCGCCUCAAACCAGGCCGCAUGUCCCUCCCCCCCCGUACCACCACCCACCAAUUAUAUCCAGACGCUCUGCUCCACCUCACGCCGCUGUGUUUUUUAUUACCAACCAUUAAAUUAGAUCAUCUGUGUUUGAGGUAUGAAUAAAAAAAAAAAAACUUGAUGUAAUAUAUUUGCUUUGCGGUUCCAGACCUUUUGAGUGUGGCCGAAACUCCAAAGAGAAAAAAAUAGAUUAAUGCAAAAAGCCUGGAGCAAAUACAGGAGGAGACAUCUCCCUACUCAGAGACAGGUGCUAACGUGACUAUGAACGCCCAGAGCUCCACCCGACAGACACAAACAUGAAAGGGAAUGAAUCAUUUCAAUUUGAAUCAAAACCCAGGUGGGAAAUCAACAGCAGACGGGAAAACAGACGUCUUGCCUUCAACUUCCUGCUUUCAACCAGUGAAUCAACAGUGAAAAAAAAAAAACUCAUCUCAAAGCAGGUCUUGGAUUUGAUCAAAUAAAAUAAACAUGCACAAACUGUUGUGAAUUUGAUUCGGCACCAAAAAUGGAGGAAACAUUGCAAUUUAUAAGGAAACUUUAAGGUAAUUUAUACAUUUUUUGCCAAAGUUGAUUAUCUGAAUGAAUUAAAACGCACACUGGGUGAUCGGUGGAGUUUCUGCAUCUUUGUUUUGCUCAAUAUCAUUUUACACCACUCAGUAAAACUAAGAAAAACAGAUAAGUUGCAAAUCUUCUAGAAUAUUUCUGGUUGAAAUUGGUACACAAUUAAACGGUUUACUUUUCUAAAAAUACCAGGCACGAUGUCUU